AUGACCAUCGGCCCCAAGUUCACGCAGGGCGGGCAGAAGUGGCAUGGCGGCGUCGUGGGCAAGGAUGGCUGCAUUUACGGCGUGCCUUCUCACGCAGAGGCGGUCCUGAAGAUCGACCCCCGCACCGCUACCGUAUCCACCAUUGGAAAGCCAAUUGAGAGUGGGGUGUGGCGCCCCAACGGCAAGUACAAGUAUGGCGGUGGUGUGGUGGCCGGGGACGGCACCAUCUACUGCCUUCCCAGCGACGCCGACUUUGUCCUCAAGGUUGUGCCGGAGACAGAAGAGGUGACGACCAUUGGGCCACGGUUCGAAG